GGAACUGAACAAUCUCCGGUUCAUUUUCUGUCAUCACCUGAUACAUGGUUGUUAUGGGGUUGUUAGUGGUCAACGCUGGCAAUACUCCUUUCUCUAUGACCGGAUCUCGUCGCUUCUCCUGCUCUGGCCCUGGCGGCUUUGUUAUGCCGGUACGUCUUGCGGCCCCGACCUGCUGGUAUGACGCCGUAUAUGAGUCUUGCACUUACAACAAAGUUCUAUCUGUGCAUUACCAUAUUUCCUUAUUCUCAUCCAACGCAGUGCUCCACAACGUCUUGCGGUGAAACGCCAAACGCCGAUGUUCUUGGGCAUAGCAGAGCUUGAAGUUUCUGCACUCCCAGAUGCUGUACCUCCCCUCCCAGGACGUUAUAUACCGUCUUGUCAGUACUAAGCAUGGAGUAUCAGCCCUCCGCGGACAAGACCAAGUAGCCUUCAUUCACCCUGCGCCCUUUCUCCAGCUAUGUUCCUGUCACCUUCUGUUUUCUCCUAUGUUGCGGACGGCAUUCAUGUUGAAAAACUCCUGAACUGGGUCAAGGCCAGCAUUCUAAUACUAUACCUUUUUACAAAGGCGGACUAUCACACACUGUUCUUUCCCAUCGCGAUGUUUGCUCUCGUCGCAGGUCCGAUUCAGCAGCCCAUCCAUAUCUUGACCACCGCGGUCUGGAUAUGGAUACACCAACUUCAAUGUAAUAUCAACAACCAGCUUGUCUCUAUCAGCGAAGACAAAGAUAACAAGCCAUGGCGCCCGCUUCCAGCUGGUCGCAUCACCUCACCUCAAGCACAGCAGCUUCACGGUGUCGUCACGAUUCUGUGCCUACUUCUCAGUACUAUCGGCGGAUACAAGAUGGUUGUUGCCAGCGCGGCAUUGAUGUUCACCUGCCUCUUGUAUGAUCAAGGUCGUGGAUCCGCGCACUGGAUGGAGAGAAUCCCCCUGGUUGUGCUGAUGUAUGGUAUCUUCGAGUACGGCUCGACGCGGGUUAUUAGUAAGCCACUCUAUCCUUCACUGGACGAGACGGCCCGCACCGCAAUCAUUAGCUCUCUUGCAGUUAUCGCUACAACGGCACACAUCGGCGACUUCCCCGAUGUCGAGGGCGAUGCCGCCGAUGGUCGUUCGACGAUUCCCAUUGCCUUUCCUCGAAGCUCCCGGAUCUUCACCCCACUGCUCUUCUUGGGCUGGUCUGUGUACAUGGUGAAUAUGUGGGACCUGGGUAAAAUUUCAGCCUCCCUGUGUGUGGGCUUAGGCAGUCUGGUUGCUGGGAGGAACUGGUUUUACUGUGAUAAGGUGAACGACAAGAUGACCUACAAGUUGCACAGUGUAAGCGGUCUUCUGCAUUCAAGUUUUGGGCAUGUGUUGAUCAAUUAUAGCUAUGGCUCCUUACUCUCCACCUCUUGCCCAUGA